AAGGAGGCGUCGCUCAACGGUAAAGUGAGCAGCCCUCGUUCACGAGCUCUGCUUGAGGCGAUGGAAGACGACAAAUAGAGGUUGAUCAGCACUAUCUUCACAGGACUAAUGCUUCAUGUCUGAAUUCCUUAAAAGGGUUGGAGUGAAAGGCACGUUUCUUCUCAAGUUUCAUCUGUACCCCGUAGAAGCCCAUCAUGGCAUCUUUCGGGCAGAAUGUGAAUGGAGCCAAGCAGCAGAUAAAUGACAACGGACAGGAUGUGCACAAUGACAGCCUUUCUAAAGAGGACCUCUGUGAGCUGCCGCUGGACGAAGAGACAGAGAAGCGUCUUCUGCGGUCGCGGAUUGAGGAGCAGUCCUUCCUGAUCUGCAGUCUGAAGCUGCGGGCUGACGAGGUGUUGCUGCGUUGCCAGUGCCUUGAGAAAAUCAACACGGACCUUGAUAAACUGAAAGAGGACAUGGAGAAAGACCUGAAGAGCGAAAAGAAGAAAAGCUCUCAGCUCGAGGACAGGUUCCUGAGUCUAGCAACGAAUCACCAAGAGAUAAUCAAGUAUAAGGACGAGUACAAGAGGCAGAAUGCAGAUCUCAGGAAGGAGAAUGAGAAGCUCAAGGCGGAGAACAUAAGUUUCUUCAGCAGUAAAGUUGAAGAGCAAAAGCAUAUGGUGGCACAGCUCACUGAGGAGCUAAAGAAGUGUAAGGAGCAAUUUACAAAGCUUGAAAACGAAUACAGGAAGAAGUCGAGUGAUUUAGAAAUUGUGAAGAAGCAAUAUCUAAGUGAGACUGACUCCCUUAAGAAAGAGUUGAAGGAAUCUAAAGAGAGAUGCAGAAAAUUAGAUGCAACACUGAAACAAAAUGCAGAGAAAUCCGCCCAGACGGAGGCAGAGCUGCAGCACAAGUUACAAGUGGCAGUUAAAGAGAAAGAAGAGCUGCUGGAGCUGUCGAUGCAGCGGGGCAAACUCAUUGAGGAGAAACAGAACGAGAUUGAGCAGCUAGGAAAUGAUAUUGACGAAAUCGACGCCGCCCGAAAAAAGGCAGAAAAAAGGUUUGAAAAGGAGGCUUCAUUAGUCAAUGCAGAUCUGCGAGUUCAGGAGCUCCAAAGCCAACUGGAAGAAUCGCAAGUGAAUUACAGCGAACUUUCAAAGGAAUAUGAAGCUUACAAGAAACACAGCAGUGAUCUUCUCAUGAAGGAAAAGGAACUGAAUGCAAAACUGCGACAUAUGAUAAAGUAACAAGUACCAGAGAAACCUCAUGUUCCGUAUUAGAUAGCACACUUAAAAUUUGUGAAAUAUCCUGCACUUUCCUCCUCUUUUGCAGGAAUUUAGUCAUCCCAAGCUUAAAUCAGUAGCAUGGCAGCCAAAACUGCACGGUUGAAGC